AUGCUCUUCGCUGGAAGAGUGAUUGGUGGUCUCGAUAUCGGCAUGUUCAGCAUGGUGAUUCCUCUGUACCAGGCCGAAAUCGCCCCUCCAGAAUUGAGAGGCUCCCUGGUAUCUCUCCAACAGCUCUCGAUCACCAUCGGCACCUGCAUCAGCUUCUGGCUCGACUAUGGCAUGCACUUUGUUGGGGGUAGUCACUGUGAUCCCGCAGGAGUGGCCGAUCCUUAUUCUUCGACCAACGCCUUCGAGCCUGCCCUGGCCCACGGCCACACUUGUCUUGGCGAAAAGACUGUCUCAUGGCGUGUGCCAUUGUCUCUCCAGCUGAUUCCGGCCUGGAUCCUGUUCUUUGGAAUGUUCUUCCUCCCAUUUUCUCCCCGGUGGUUGAUGAUGAAGCAUCGGGAAGAUGAUUGUGUGGCCGCACUGUCCCGGUUGAGAAGACUUGAGCCUUCUGACCCUCUCCUGGUCGCCGAAUUUCUCGAAAUCAAGGCGACUGUGAUGUUCGAUGAAGAGGCAGAAGCUGAAUUGAAGGAGAGCGGCGGUGUCCUCGCUCCAUGGAUGGCGCUAUUCGCAUCAAAUAUGUUCAAGCGGUUGAGCAUUGGGUGCUGGAUCAUGAUAUUCCAGCAGUUCACGGGCAUCAACGCCGUCUUGUACUAUGCGCCACAGAUUUUUGGAAGUUUCGGUUUCAGCUCAGUCACCACCAAUCUGCUGGCCACCGGCGUUACUGGUAUAUUGCAAAUUCUCUUUACACUGCCCUCCGUAUUCUUCCUCGACAAAUUUGGUCGAAAAACGUUCUUGAUCGUCGGGGCGAUUGGUAUGUGUAUCUGUCAUAUCGUCGUCGCAUCCAUAGAUGGCGUGUAUGAAGACCAGUGGGCUCUGGGUAGAGGCCUUGCCAAAACCCUCGGGUGGGUUUCCAUCGCCUUCAUCUGGCUUUUCGCGGUCAACUUCGCGUACUCGUGGGGCCCUGUAGCUUGGGUGCUCACUCAAGAGCUUUUCCCCAACAGCAUGCGUUCCCGAGGUGUGUCGAUUGUGGCUUCGACUAAUUGGAUGUUCAACUUUAUCAUCGGCCUGACCACCCGUGACAUGAUCAACUCGAUGAAAUUCGGCACUUACAUCUUCUUUGCAUUCUUCUCCGGAGCAGGCGGUGCUUUCAUCUGGUUCUUUUGCCCCGAGACCAAAAACAAAACCCUUGAAGAGCUUGACAUGUUCUUCGGUGGUUCUAUCGAAAGUGUGGCCCAAGCUGAUCGAGACCGGAUGCAGCGUAUUAACGAUAGACUCGGUAUUACUGGAGCUGAGCACCCUAGUGAUCUCGCAGGGCGUGCGCUUUCUAUUGCUCGAGAGCGAGGACUUCCGAUUACGGAACAAGGUGAGUAUGAUCCCAAGACAUAA